CUGUUCUCCCUCCGUGUACCCGAUGGGGUGGCUGGUCGGGAGCAGCUGUUGGCUCAACAGAGAAUGCACAGCUUGAUCAACUCAGUGGAGGUGAAGUCGGAGGUUCCUGUGACUCUGGACCCUGUCACGCCCUUGGACUUGAGGACAGAUCUCAGAAUGAUGAUGCCCAUGGUAGACCCUGUGCUGCGGGAGAAGCAGCUGCAGCAGGAGCUUCUUCUCAUCCAGCAACAGCAGCACCUGCAGAAGCAGCUGCUUAUUGCAGAGUUCCAGAAGCAGCAUGAGAACCUGACCAGGCAGCACCAAGCUCAACUGCAGGAGCACAUCAAGUUGCAACAGGAACUCCUGGCUAUAAAGCAGCAGCAGGAACUUCUGGAGAAGGAGCAGAAGCUGGAGCAGCAGCAGCGGCAGGAGCAGGAGGUGGAACGGCACCGGCGGGAGCAGCAACAGCAGCUGCCCCCUCUCCGAGGCAAGGAGAGAGGGCGCGAACGAGCAGUGGCGAGCACGGAGGUGAAGCAGAAACUUCAGGAGUUCCUGCUGAGCAAGUCGGCCACCAAGGACUCUCCCACUAAUGGAAAGAACCAUUCCGUGAGCCGCCACCCCAAGCUCUGGUACACGGCGGCUCACCACACCUCCCUAGAUCAAAGCUCUCCACCCUUGAGUGGAACUUCACCGUCCUACAAAUACCCAUUACCUGGAGCCCAAGACACAAAGGAUGACUUCCCACUUCGAAAAACUGCCUCAGAGCCCAACUUGAAGGUGCGAUCCCGAUUAAAACAGAAAGUGACAGAGAGGAGAAGCAGUCCCUUACUCAGGCGGAAGGAUGGAAAUGUUGUCACUUCAUUCAAGAAGCGAGUGUUUGAGGUGACAGAGUCCUCAGUCAGCAGCAGCUCUCCUGGGUCUGGCCCUAGCUCACCCAGCAAUGGACCUGCCACCAACAUGGCAGAAAGCAGUGAGACAUUGCUUGCACCACCUGCUCCACACCCAGAGCAAAUGGUUUCCCAGCAGCGUCUUCUGAUUCAUGAAGAGUCCAUGAAUCUUUUAAGCCUCUAUCCGUCCCCGUCUUUGCCCAACAUAACUCUGGGCCUCCCUGCUGUGCCGCCGCAGCUCAGUGCUUCAUCUUCCAUCAAAGACAAACAGAAGUGUGAGGCUCCAGCGCUGAGGCCGCCAGGAGUUCCAUUGCCGGGCCAAUAUACGGGAGGCAUCCCAGCAUCUUCCAGUCAUCCACAUGCCGCCCUAGAAGGAAAGCCCAACAGCAGCCACCAGGCACUCCUGCAGCACUUGUUACUGAAGGAGCAGAUGAGGCAACAGAAGCUGCUUGUGGCUGGUGGGGUUCCCCUCCAUCCUCAGUCCCCCCUGGCAACGAAGGAGAGAGUAUCACCUGGCCUUCGAGGUGCCCACAAAUUGCCUCGCCACAGGCCCCUGAACCGUACCCAGUCUGCCCCUCUGCCUCAGAGCACGUUGGCCCAGCUGGUCAUUCAGCAGCAGCACCAGCAGUUCCUGGAGAAGCAGAAACAGUACCAGCAGCAGGUCCACAUGAACAAAAUGCUUUCCAAGUCCAUUGAGCAGCUGAAACAGCCAGGAAGCCAAUUGGAAGAAUCGGAAGAGGAACUUCACGGAGACCAACCCAUGCAAGAAGACCGGGCUCCCUCCAGCACCAACAGUGUUCGGAGCGACAGCAGCUUGGGCCCAGAUGACAGCCAGCGGAAUCCCCCCUUAGGGGCUGUGAAAAUAAAAGAGGAGCCCCUGGACAGUGACGAUGAUACUCAGCCCCAGGAAAUGGAAUCUGGGGAGCAGGCUGCUUUGGUACAACAGUCAUUCUUGGAGCUUCAGCCUGGACAUGCACUCCCAACAUACCAAGCUCAGCUGGCCACAGUUGGCACAGAAGCCUUUGACCAACACCUCCUCAUCUCCAGGACCCUCUCUUCCCCUGCUGCCCCAACGGUGCCUCAUCCAGCCACGGAUCAGGCGCUCCAACGUGUCUCUGAGACUGGUGUGGUGUAUGACGCCCUGAUGCUGAAGCACCAAUGCAUCUGUGGCCGCCCCGCCCUUCAUCCUGAGCAUGCUGGGAGGAUCCAGAGCAUCUGGUCACGCCUGCAAGAAACAGGGCUCCUGAGCAAGUGUGAGCGGAUCCAAGGUCGAAAAGCUUCUCUAGAAGAAUUACACCUGGUCCAUUCUGAUCAUCAUUCUCUUCUCUAUGGCACCGACCCCUUGAGCAGACAGAAGCUGGACCCCAGGAUGCUCCGAGGGGACACCUCGCAGAAGGCCUUCUCCUUGCUGCCUUGUGGUGGACUUGGGGUGGACAGUGACACCAUUUGGAACGAACUGCACUCGGCUGCUGCUGCACGCAUGGCUGUUGGCUGUGUCAUCGAGCUGGCUUCCAAAGUGGUCUCAGGAGAGCUGAAGAAUGGGUUUGCUGUUGUAAGGCCCCCAGGCCAUCACGCUGAAGAGUCGACAGCCAUGGGCUUCUGCUUUUUUAAUUCGGUGGCGAUUACCGCCAAAUACUUGCGAGAGCAACUCAAUGUAGGAAAGAUAUUGAUUGUAGACCUGGACGUUCACCAUGGGAACGGUACCCAGCAGGCUUUUUACACUGACCCCAGCAUCCUGUACAUUUCCCUCCAUCGAUAUGAUGAAGGCAACUUCUUCCCCGGCAGCGGAGCCCCAAAUGAGGUUGGAAGUGGCCUUGGAGAGGGAUAUAAUGUGAAUAUUGCCUGGACAGGUGGCCUGGACCCCCCCAUGGGAGAUGUGGAGUACCUUGCAGCUUUCAGAACUGUAGUGAUGCCUAUUGCCAGAGAAUUUGGUCCAGAUAUAGUUCUUGUUUCCGCGGGAUUUGAUGCUGUGGAAGGCCACACCCCUCCACUGGGUGGGUACAAAGUAACAGCAAAAUGUUUCGGUAAUUUGACAAGGCAACUGAUGCAGGUGGCUGAUGGACAUGUGGUGAUGGCUCUGGAGGGAGGACAUGAUCUCACUGCCAUCUGUGAUGCAUCAGAAGCCUGUGUGAAUGCCCUGCUAGAAAAUGAGCUGGAUCCUGUCCCAGAAGACAUUCUGCACCAAACCCCAAAUAGAAAUGCCAUUGCUUCUCUACAAAAGACCAUGGAAAUUCAAAGCAAGUACUGGAAGUCAUUGGAGAAGUAUUCGGGCUGUGCUCUGAUUGGCACUCAGGAACAAGAGCAAGAGGAAACAGAGACUGUCUCUGCCCUGGCUUCCCUGUCUGUGGAUGUGGAACAGUGCUUUUCUAAGGAAGACAGCAGACCUGCUGGCGAGCCCAUGGAUGAAGAUCCAGCCCUGUGAAGUGCCAAGUCCCCCCUCCCCUGGCCUUGUAUUUUUUAAUGGGAAUGGAGAAGAAAGAAGUGUUGGCUCCUGCAACCUCCUGUAAAUUAACUGAAGUUUGUGGAUUGCUGCUGCAUUACUCUUGCAAAUAUUGGCAAAUCCAAGCCUCAGCCAUCCAACUCAUGGUGCAUUCAUAGAUGAAUCAUCCAUUUGCCUUGCGAGGGGGCAUGCAUUGGCUCAGAGUUGGGGUCUGUGAAAUUCAGGGACAAGCAGAGAAACUCUGCAGAGGAUUAAUCAUGGCUGAAUGUGUUUCUGAGCCCAGAGCACCACUGUGUUUUAAUUAUGCCAUUAAAGGAAUGGUUGCCCCGAGGGAUGGAGCAGAGGCUUUUGGAGAAUAUCAACACUUCUGAAACACACCAGACAUGGUGGAGAGGCCAGUUGCACUGGCUGAUGUGUUCUUCACACAAUCAUAUCAUCAUUGUUAUUAUUGCUAAUAGUUUCCCCAAGGAGGCUACUCAGAGCCCUCCGUCUCCAUAUAAACUUGACUCCUCUUGUUUUUAUCAAAAAUCUGCCUCAUUCUGAUGGACUCUGCUCAAUAUAUGCAGGAAAGUGCGCAUACACACACACACACACACACACACACUGUAACAUGCCCACACUGAGGAAAAAAAUGAAGUUUUAUAAAUCAGCAGAACAGAAUUCGAGGAUAAAGCACUUAAUUUUUUUUUAAUAAAAAGAGACACUAAAGUGCUUAGAUAAUGGGACCAAAAAAAAAGGUCUCCUAUUGUCAAAUACUUAAACAAAACCAACUAUUCCAAAACUUCUAGGCCUUUUUAAUAUGAAUAUCACAUUGAAGUGCAUAGUACAGAAAAAUGAACUUGAUGGAAAAAUUGUAAAUGCUUCUUUGUUAACAAUGGAACUUGUGUAUAUGUGUGAGUAUGAAUUUUAAAUGACAUGCUUCCUUCAAAGAUGAGAAAAAUAGUUUCAGAUGGACAUUUUAGUGGCUUUGCAGCAAAUAAGGGGAGAGCAUGAGGCCAUGCACUAAGCCAUAGGCCCAGAGAAUACAGAUUUGAAAGAUAAAAGAGACCUUAGAUGUUAAAUAGUUUAACCCUACUUGCAUCAUUUUAGAGCAAGAAAUUGAGGCCCAGAGGCCAAGGCAUAUACACAAUGUCACAGAGGUAAGAAAAUGAGGAAUCAAGAUUCCACCCUAGGGCUGCUGACACCAGAUGGAGAUGAACUGCUGCUGUCCCUGCUGGCAAUUUUUUGUAAAGAAUUACAAGUCACACUUCUAAUAUUCAGGAGUUGAAAUCAAGCUCUCACUUUUCUCUCUAUUCCAUACUAUGUCACUUCUCUGUCAUAUCUAAGACAUGAUAACCUUUGGAUUUUACCUUCAUUUCAUAUCAUCCAGAGCCUGGGAACUAGAGGGGAUUUGGGGAACUGAAAAAAUGCUUGCUGAAUGGACUGAAAAUAAGGACACCUUCUGACACAAAGAGCUCAGGACCACAUGGAAGAUGUGCUCUUGCUGGGUCCUUCCAACCUCCCUAAGAGCACAGCACUGCUUUCUUUCCAAAAGUCAAUCAUAAAGACUUGUAAACUGACUUGGUCUCUUUACAGAAUCCAUAUGGAACUAAAAGAAAGAAUGCUCACAUAAAAAAAAGACCUCCUGGGCAGAAUUUCUCACAAUUGGUCCUCUAGAACCUGUGGCUUAUCUAGCAUUGGUACUUAAGAAAUUUUUAGAAAAUUGUUAUACAUUUUGCUAAUUUCCUUUUGAAAGUUUCCACUCAGGUUGUCAUUAUUUGAGCAAUAUUAGAUUUCUAAUAACCUCAAAUAAGAGAACACAAAAGGUAACUAGCAGGAAGGGGAUUCUCUCCAAGCUCAGAAGUCAGCCUGCCGUAGAGUGCCUCAACAUCCCAGAAAGCAGCAUCUUUCUUUGCAUUCCUCUGCUGCCUAAAGAAUGAAAUCACUCAAGACUGCAGAGAAUGUGGGUGAAAAGGGGGGGAAAGCAAGGGGAGGAACACACCUGUGGAAUAGUUUUCCUAAAGAAAGUAUUUUCAUAUCCUCAAGAAAUGUAAACCAGAUGAGCUGUCCCUCUUAUUUGAGAAAUGAAGGGCUCUCAUCGUUGUCAUCAUUAUCACCAGUGUCAUCAUCAUCAGAUGAUGUUGGAGCUCCCCUAGGGGACAGUGAUUCCUGGUGAGAGGACCAUUCUUAUUUCCAUCAGGCUUUCUGAAGAAUGGCAUUGUCCCCAUCAUUGUCUUCACCUUUGCCCGGAAUACAAUAAAAUCAAUUGAUGGAGUGCCAGGCCCUGUGCUAGAUGUCAGGGACAAAAAGACAAAAAAUAGUCCUUGCCUUGAAGGAGCUUAUUUAUCUUCCAUUCACCAUAAUUGCUCAUCAAACUGGAAUGAAUUAAAAAAUACCAAAAUAUCAUUCCCACCAGACAAGAGUUUACAAUUUCAGUGACCAGAUGUGAAGUUGAAACAGGGCACUGUUACCCCUUAGGGAGAAGCAGAAUGGACAGAGUUGAGGGACAGAGACCAAAGAUGGGUCCCUGGAUUUUAUUGAGAUUAGAGAGGUCUCAAAUGCUUACUCCCUCUACCAAUGUAAGUACAUGCUUGAGAAUUUAUAGUCUUAAAGAGUUGUCUAGAGUCCUGAGAAGUUAAGUGGUUAUUGUUCUGGGACCUGUUUAUUAAUAUCUAAUUGUAUAAGAGGUUUUGCACUACAAAAUACAAAAAAGAAAUACUUGAACUCACCAUUCUAGAAGCUGAAAAUUUGUGGUGUGCAUGCUACAUUAAUAGACACUUUCGUACACAACAAAUAAUAAGUUAACAUAUUAAUGAAUAUACAAAUACAAGGGGAGCUAAUAUGACAUUUAGUAAAAGGGUCUGCAGAUUGUUAUUCAGUGCAUAUUACUAUGAAUAAAGAAGAGUAGAAACUUACAACAAGGGUAAUAUUUUUUACAAUAAGACAACAGAUGGAUCUAUAGAGUAAAUAUAGAUAUA